AUGUUGGACGAGGCUGAGAUUACGACAGCCCAAGACCACCAGGAUCAACCAACGUUAAAUGCCUCACUGUUCGAGUCAGUACCUUACGACAUGCCCUCAAAUAUGCUUACCAGUUCGGAAACGUCGAGUGGAUCGCCGGCUACCGGCCUAUUCUCUCUACAAAGCGAACUUGGCGACGGCAGUAUCAAUUCCUCAUCUACAAGUGCCGUGUUCAGUGACUUCCAGAGCAAAGACGUCACAUCAACAUCCGAGAUGUUCAAUCAGGCCUCCAAAAUAGAUUUUGCUCCAUCUUUGUCAUACUCUCAUGUACAGCACCUGUCCCCAGCCACUAUGGAAAUGCUGUAA